GCACCCAACGUUACGUCUUUGAAUUUUUUUUUCGUACAUGAACGCGGCCACAAAAUUCUUUACCAGGCGCAAGAAUGGCGGACACGAAGAAGGAUGCUGCUCCGACUCCAGCUGCGGCUCCAGCUCCAGCAGCUGCUUCGGGUCCUCCGAAAAAGCUACCGGCAGUACCGGAAUCAGUACUGAAGAGGAGAAAGCGACGUGAAGUAGUCAGAGCCACACGUGUACGGGUAUCGGUUAAGAAACGUGUUGACCACUACAAGAAGAGAAAAGAAAUCUUCAAGAGAGCGGAACAAUAUGUUAGGGAAUAUAGAACAAAAGAGAGGGAUGAGAUUCGACUGAUAAGGCAAGCCAAAAAUCGUGGAAAUUACUAUAUUCCUGGAGAAGCCCGUCUUGCAUUUGUUAUACGUAUUCGAGGUGUGAAUCAAGUAGCACCAAAGGUUCGUAAAGUAUUGCAGUUAUUCCGUUUGAGACAAAUCAACAAUGGUAUUUUUGUAAAACUAAACAAAGCUACCAUCAAUAUGCUGCGUAUUGUCGAGCCAUACAUUACCUGGGGAUAUCCUAACUUGAAAUCAGUUCGUGAGCUGAUUUAUAAACGAGGUUUUGCCAAGAUCAAUAGGCAACGCAUUCCAAUUACAAGCAAUGCAAUAAUUGAAAGAAACUUAGGUCGCUCCGGAAUUAUUUGUGUUGAAGACUUGAUCCAUGAAAUCUUCACUGUUGGAUCAAAAUUCAAGUUUGCCAGCAAUUUCCUGUGGCCAUUCAAGCUCAAUACUCCGAACGGUGGAUGGCGAAAGAAGACAAAUCACUAUGUAGAAGGUGGUGACUUUGGAAACCGUGAAGAUAAAAUCAACGAACUCCUGAGGCGAAUGGUUUAGGAUUGUAACAUACAUGGCAAAUAAAAACCUUGUUCAAACACA